UUCUUGCAUUUUCUUACGGAAGGCAUUGAUGACGGGGAGCCUCCCUGGCUUUGUCGAUGUCGUCAGGAACCUCAAUUCUCCUGCGCUGCUGGAAGACAGUGUGAUAAGACAAGCAAAAACAGCUGGAAAAAGAAUAAUCUUUUAUGGAGAUGAAACCUGGGUGAAAUUAUUCCCUAAGCAUUUUGCGGAAUAUGAUGGAACAACCUCAUUUUUCGUGUCAGAUUACACAGAGGUGGAUAAUAAUGUCACGAGGCAUUUGGAUAAAGUAUUAAAAAGAGGAGAUUGGGACAUGUUAAUCCUCCACUACCUGGGGCUGGACCACAUUGGCCACAUUUCAGGGCCCAACAGCCCCCUGAUUGGGCACAAGCUGAGCGAGAUGGACAGCGUGCUGAUGAAGAUCCACACCUCGCUGCAGUCGAAGGAGAGAGAGACGCCUUUACCCAAUUUGCUGGUUCUCUGUGGUGACCAUGGCAUGUCUGAAACAGGAAGUCACGGGGCCUCCUCCAUGGAGGAAGUGAAUACACCUCUGAUCUUAAUCAGUUCUGCGUUUGAAAGGAAACCUGGUGAUAUCCGACAUCCAAAGCAUGUCCAACAGACGGAUGUGGCCGCGACCCUGGCGAUAGCACUUGGUUUGCCGAUUCCGAAAGACAGCGUAGGGAGCCUUCUAUUCGCGGUGGUGGAAGGAAGACCAAUGAGAGAGCAGUUGAGAUUUUUACAUUUGAAUACAGUGCAGCUUAGUAAACUGUUGCAAGAGAAUGUACCGUCAUAUGAAAAAGAUCCUGGGUUUGAGCAGUUUAAAAUGUCAGAAAGAUUGCAUGGGAACUGGAUCAGACUGUACUUGGAGGAAAAGCACUCAGAAGUCCUGUUCAACCUGGGCUCCAAGGUUCUCAGGCAGUACCUGGCUGCUCUGAAGACGCUGAGCUUGUCCCUGAGCACACAAGUGGCCCAGUACGACAUGUAUUCGAUGAUGGUGGGGACUGUCGUGGUUUUGGAGGUUCUCACCCUGCUCCUGCUCAGCGUCCCACAGGCACUGCACAGAAAGGCUGAGCUGGAAGUCCCACUGUCAUCUCCUGGGUUUUCUCUGCUCUUUUAUUUGGUGAUCUUGGUUCUUUCGGCCGUUCACGUCAUUGUGUGCACCUCAGCUGAAAGUUCCUGCUACUUCUGUGGCCUCUCGUGGCUGGCGGCAGGUGGGGUGAUGGUGCUGGCCUCGGCGCUGCUGUGUGUGAUCGUGUCUGUUCUGACCAACGUGCUUGUGGGUGGAAACACCUCCAGGAAGAACCCCGUGCAUCCCAGCUCAAGGUGGUCAGAGCUAGACCUUCUUAUUCUGCUAGGGACGGCGGGCCACGUCUUGAGCCUGGGUGCCAGCAGCUUCGUGGAGGAGGAACACCAGACCUGGUACUUCCUUGUGAACACCUUGUGUCUAGCUCUGAGCCAAGAAACCUACAGAAACUACUUUCUGGGAGACGACAGUGAGCCUCCAUGUGGCCUCCAUGUGGAGCAAGGGCUUGACGGGGCCACAGCAGCGUGGCAGGACGGGUCUGCCUGUGAUGCGCUGGAGCGAGACAAAGGCCACAGAAGCCCCUCUCCCUCCCAAGUACUCAGAGGCCACGAGAAGUGGAUGGUGCUGGCCAGUCCGUGGCUGAUACUGGCCUGCUGCCGGCUGCUGCGCUCUCUCAACCAGACAGGUGUGCAGUGGGCUCACCGGCCUGACCUCGGCCACUGGCUCACCAGCUCUGAUCACAAAGCCGAGCUCUCUGUCCUGGCUGCCAUCUCCCUCCUCAUGGUUUUUGUGCUGGUGCAGAGGGGGUGCUCCUCUGUGUCCAAGGCUGCCCUGGCGCUGGGGCUGCUGGGCGUCUACUGCUACCGGGCAGCCAUCGGGAGUGUCCGGUUCCCGUGGCGGCCGGACAGCCAGGACAUUUCCAAGGGUAUUAUUGAAGCUCGUUUUGUUUAUAUCUUUGUCCUUGGCAUUCUGUUCACGGGCACCAAAGACUUACUUAAAUCUCAAGUCAUUGCUGCAGACUUCAAACUCAAGACUGUAGGUUUAUGGGAGAUACAUAGUGGAUUAGUUCUUCUGGCAGCCUUGCUCUUUAGACCACAUAAUCUUCCGGUCUUAGCAUUUAGUCUCUUGAUUCAGACUCUCAUGACUAAGUUCAUCUGGAAGCCCCUGAGGCACGAUGCGGCUGAGAUUACUGUGAUGCAUUAUUGGUUUGGGCAAGCCUUCUUCUAUUUUCAGGGCAACUCCAACAACAUUGCCACCGUGGACAUCUCCGCAGGCUUCGUGGGUUUAGACACCUACGUGGAAAUCCCAGCCGUGCUCCUGACAGCGUUUGGGACGUAUGCGGGGCCUGUGCUCUGGGCCAGCCACUUAGUGUACUUCCUCAGCUCAGAAACACGCAGCAGUUCGGCACUGAGUCAUGCUUGCUUCUGCUACGCACUGAUUUGUUCUAUUCCAGUUUCCACAUAUAUUGUUUUGGUGACAUCUCUGCGUUAUCAUUUAUUUAUAUGGAGUGUAUUUUCUCCAAAACUUCUCUACGAGGGAAUGCAUCUGCUCAUUACAGCUGCUGUCUGUGUAUUCUUCACGGCAAUGGAUCAAACCAGACUCACACAGUCUUAGACUAAGCUGAACACUGGAAAAAUAAUACAUGCUUAAAGUCUGCUGUUAUUCUAAAAUGAAAGAUGCGAAUUCAACAAAGUUGAUGAAUAACUAAUUUCUUUGACUACUGUACUUGAAUUUAGACUAAGUAGUAAAUAGUCUAAUAAAAUGUCACUUUAAUAUACA